GCGUUAGUAGCAGUCAUGGCCUUUCGAAAUUCAUCAGAUUUAUGAUAACGAUAAAUCAUUUUUAAAAAAUUUACAUUAUUUUUUAUGGAAUUAGAAAAUAUUCUUAAAAGCUUUGUCACAAAUCAUAAGAAUCUUCACGCCAUCAUUUAUCACGAUAAAGAAGGAAUUAUAAUUCUUAAAGCUUUUGAUCAAGCAAUAACAGAAAAUAUUAUUACUAUUGAUUUUUUAAAUAUAUUUAAUUUAUCUACUCAUCAAAUAAAUAAAAUUGGAAUGGGUGAUAUUAAAAAACUACUUAUCACCCUUAAAAAUUAUCAAAUAAUACAAUUUAAUAAAGACAAAGUAAUUUUAACAGCAAUCAUCUCAAAGAAUUCUAAUAUGGGGUUUUUUCUGAAUUUGGAUGAAGAAUUAAAUGAAUUAUCAUCAUUAUUACAAAGCUUUGUUUGAUACAAUUACAUAAUAUUAAUAAAAUAUAAACCUUAUUUCAGG